AUGGCAAUAGAUGGUAUCAUCAUUCUGGACAAUACUGGGCGACCCAUUAUUCAGUCCGGAUUCCGUUCCAAAUCACCCGCAUACUCUCUCCUUCACAUCGAUGCCCUCAAUAACGAACUCCAGAAACACUCAAAUCCCUCUCGAAUUGAUCCUGUAUUAUAUGUUCCACCGUUCCAGUCAACAGAUACGGCCAGUGCCUGCUGUCAUGUGUCUCAUAGCGAUGUAUACAUUCUUUGUCCUGUGAGCGGAGAUGUCGACCCUCUCGUCGCCUUUGCAUUCAUACAAACAUUUAUCGAUAUCCUCCGAGAGUAUUUUGGCUCAGUCUCUGCAGAAGUAAUCAAGGAAAACUUUGACGUGGUGUAUCAGCUGUUUGAAGAAACCCUGGAUGCUGGCGGUCACCCUUUAACAACAUAUUCGAAUGCGCUGCGUGAUAUCGUGACCCCACCUUCACUCCUCAACAAAUUGCUCGCUAGUGUUGCAGGUCCAAACAUUCAUUCGACUCUGAACGCUGCCCCAGGAACUGGUCCAUUUUCGUCGCCUAUCCCGUGGAGAAAGACUGGAGUCAGGCAUGUCAAUAACGAGAUAUAUUUUGAUAUGGUCGAAGAACUUAGAGGCAUCGUGAACAAGUGUGAACCUUUGUGUCCCUCAUUCUGCGCUUGGGGUGUAUUGGAAGCUUGA